AUGCUUCGCUCCUCGCGACAGCUUCUGCGAUUCGCUCCGCGCUCGGUCGCAGCUCCCUCUACCACCCAUUCCUCCGCGUCCUUCUCGACCAGAACCUCCCAAAGCGCACUCCAGAGCUCCAAGCGCCCCUCCACAGCACUGCAAGCGCGCGUGUCUCCCCUCGCUCUCGUCGCCCGCUACACAAACUCUCCCUACGACAAGAUCGACAAGAAGGCCGAGGCAGAGAUCGCCAAGAAGAAGCUCGAGUCCAACCCCGCCGAGGUUUCCACCGAAUCCUCAACACGUCAUCUUUUCGAGCCUGCGCCGGCAAACCCAGACCGCGACGCUGACCUUUCUGAAGGGCUGAAGCACGAUGUCAACAUCGUCAAGGACACUUUCGACCUCAGCGAGGUGCCGAGAGAACCCCUCGCCCUUGGUAUCGCCGGCACCCUUCCGUACCUCGCGACCUCCUUGAGCACAAUGUACCUGAGUUGGGAUCUUAACCUGGAAUGGCCCUCGACUUCGACGUUUCUCAACAACAUCUACAUGAACCAGGAGCUGGCUCAAUACUGGCUGAACCUCUUGGAGCCCAUCCAGCUCGGCUACGGCGCCAUCAUCAUCUCUUUCCUGGGUGCUGUUCACUGGGGCAUGGAAUACGCCGAAAAGACUCCUGACCCCAGACGCACGCAGUUCCGUUACGGCAUGGGUGUCGUCGCUCCCAUGGUGGCCUGGCCGACGCUCCUGAUGCCGGUGGAAUACGCCCUCACCUCCCAGUUCGCCGCCUUCACCUUCCUGUACCUUGCCGACGUACGUGCCAAGAACAAGGGCUGGACCCCGCCGUGGUACGGAACCUACCGUUUCGUGUUGACGGCCGUCGUGGGCGUGUCCAUCUUCAUCAGUCUGGUCGGCCGGACCAAGAUUGGCAACGCCCAGCCUCACAUCGGUCAGGAGCUAGCCGAGAGCAUGCACAAGGCCAAGGGCGACACGUCCCGCGACUGGGACAAGCUCGAGCAGGAAGAGCGCGAGCGGGUCAAGAAGGAGAAGGAGGAGGAGGAGAAGAAGAAGAAGGAAGAAGAGAAGAAGGCCAAGACCGAGGAAAAGAAGAAGGGCAAGAAGGGCGAUUCUAAGAGCAAGGACAAGAAGCAAGAGAAGGCUGCUGACGACAGCGCUGAAGAGGGCAAGAAGGAUGACGGCGAGGCAGACAAGAAGGAGGAGACGGAAGACAAGGAUGAUGGUAAGGACGAGUCUAAGGAUGACGGUAAGGACGAGUCCAUGGAUGAGAGUAAGGGUGAAAGCCAGGGAGAGAAGAAGGACGAAGGCAAGGAGGAGAAGCAGGACGACUCCAAGGAUGAGUCCAAGGACGCCAAGGGCAAGGGGGAAGGCGAAAAGAAGAGCGAGGUCAAGGGAGAGAAGAAGGACGACAGCAAGGACAAGAAGGAGAAGAAGGAGUGA